CACAGGGAGAGAGAAAGUGGAAAUGACAAUGAGACAGAUGCACACAUAGAUAGUUUUCUCUCCAGUGAACAUUUAAUAUGGUUGUUGUUCGUCUGUGAUACGUGAAAUACAUUUUAUUCGCUGUCUCCAUGUUCCACUGUUGUGUCGUUGGUUCCACAAGCUCCUAAAAAAUAUUUGUUUGGCUUUUUUGCCUGCUUUCAUUGUUUUAGCGUUAACGUACAGAUGGAUUUUUCCGUUAGCUUAAUUAACUUCGUCUGCUGGCUGAGAGUUGUAUAAGUCCGCCCUGUAAUUAUCCACAUCGCUGUAGCUUAAAAAACAAUCUGCAUUAUUUCUUUUUUUUGUCUUGGCGUUGACUAAAACAGGAUGAGGCACCAAAAUGUUCCCAGGAGGCGAGGGGAACUCUCCCACCCCCACUAGAGUUAUCGAUCUGUGCGGCGUCGACCAAUCAAAGACGUGUAUGGGUCCUGUGAGGCACGAGCAGAUGUAAGGGUGCAAGAUGGUGUGGAACAUUGGGUAGCUGCGGCACACAGAAGGAAGCGCGUGCACCAGUAACAUGGACCAAGGCCUACACAAACGACUGGCAGACCUGUGAGCAGUUGACCCGACACACUCGUCGCUCCUGCACGCGCCAAACCGAGACUCCACUAGCCUGCUGCUGCUCGCCUCAUCAUCGCCGCGCGCGCGCGCUUAUUGAAUAUUUACUCACGUGCAUUGAGGUCUUGCGCCGCAUGGACUAUCGUUUCCAAGGAAAGGCGUUUACACCUCUGUUUGGCAUCGUCGGAGCCGGCAGCCGUGUCCUCUGCUUUGGAAAACAACGCAGGAUGUUUGUUAUUGCACGCGGAAUGAACUCUACCCAACAGACGACGCCUUGAGGCACUGGCUGCAGUGCAUGGCGGGAAAGUUCCGGCUAGCCGAGCCUGCUGUCGUCUGCUACGCUAAUCAGUAAGAAGCAAAGUCGUCUGCUUGCGCCGUCUGCUCACAUGUUAACGUGUACACCUGAUGUAGACUUCACCUGAUGUGUCAUAUCCUUGCAGUCUGGUGCUGGUGCUCAUGCCUGCUUGUACCGAGAGGUGCAGUUUCCGGACACGAGAAGCUUUCUCCAGAAAAUCCAAACGGGAUUGACGAGUCCAAAGCCCAAGCGAGGAAGAUUAUCCAUCCAGCCCGCAGGACCAGAAUUAUCAUACCACAGUUCGUGAGCAAAGUGCUUUAAUAUCUCAUUUACAAGUUGUUGUUAUGUACUUCCUAACACUCACACGCCAAAAACAAAACUAUUUGAUAUUGCUGUUGUAAGACUGUAGAUAACGGACUUACAGACCAUGUAUCUUUGAUGGACAAAGUCUUACGGAUAUUUCCAAUUUCUCAAGGGAUUUUUCAAGAUCGAACGGAAGUCGCAAACCUACAAGGGGCGAAGUUGCUGGUCUGAGAUAAAUAAAGGUAGAACAGCCUCGGGCAAAGUGAGAUACUUCAUUUGAGAUACUUCUUCUCAUCGCGAGGACUGAGGAGAGUCCAAGCUGCGCACGAGACCAGAGCGACUGUUGCAUGAUUGCGACAACUGAAAACAAGGAGUUGAUGAUGUAACAGAUACUUGACGGCUGUUACUUGUUGCUGUUGACGGAUUGGCGGAGGAAACAAAAAGUGGGUUUUAUUGUUGUUGUUGCAAUGAGCUUCCAUCGCGACCGGCCAGACGUGAGAAUGAGUCAGCGUUGUGAGAAAGAGCGCUCGAGCGUGGCGCGCGGCGGGGGCGUGACCCAACAAGGGACUCCGCUGCUGGAGUUCAUGGGGAAGUGACUCUGCCGCCAAGUGCUGUUCCCAUCGCAGUGCUCCCCCUUCACCAUGCUGGAGGCCAUGGAGGACGACAACCACAGCAGCGACUGCGACUCGGACGGCGGCGAGGGCGAGGGGCUGAUCUUGGGGGCCGGCCUGGGGGGUCUCCUCAGCGCCAACGGACUGAGCGGGGGGCUGUGGAGGCCCUCUGCCCAACCUGCUGACCCCUGCUACCGGUGUGGUAAACGGGUGUACCCCGUGGAACGGGUAGACGUAGGCGUUCUCUUUCACCGCCGGUGCUUCCGAUGUCGGGUGUGCGGCCUGCAGCUGACCUUGAGAAGCUUCCACUGGGACCAAGGCAGUCAGGUCAUGACAGGACCGGGUCAAGGCCAGGCUCAAGGAAACAGUCCUGGCGGAGUCGGGGCAGCAGGUUUCCUUGCCAGCCACAGUUCACCCCCGGGCGCCGCGCAAGGCUUCCUGGGUCAAGGCUGUGGCGCCAAAGGUGGGGUCAAGGACGGCGGAGAGCAAGGUCAAGGUGCGAGGACAAGUUGUGCAGAUGUGUAUUGUCAUGUGCACCUCCCUCGGGCCGUUGGCAAGAUUGACGGGCAGGCGGUGGGCAUCAAGCAAGCCAUGUCCGCUCCACGGCGAGGCGCCAACACCUGCGACCAGACGAGGGGCAGCGUCUACAACGCGGGAUGGCAGUACGAUGCCAAUGCCCUGGAGUUCGCUCACUACAAAGAGAUCUUCCGACGGGGAAAGCAGAAGACCUGUACAGGGACCUACAAGGACUUCGAAAGCUCAGGUGUGUUCGCCGCGCAGACUGCCCUGGAGGCGGUGCAGAAGGCCGAGGAGGACCGUUUGUAUGCCGAGAUCCGAGCGGAACGUCAGCGGCGCGUGCGGCGACUGGAGGAAGAGCUUCAGCAGGAGAUGGAGUGCACCGUCAGCGACCUUGUCACCACUUUUGAGCGGUUCUCUCCUCAGAAAGGUAAAACCAAACUGCAGCGGGAGACCGAGCGCAUUGAGGAGCAGUACAGGCGCAAGAAGGAGGAGAAGGUUCGGAAAAUGCUGGAGCGUCUCAGCAGCGAGCAGCGCGCUAGAGUGGCCUCCCUUAUACAAAAGCACUCUCAGCAGAUGCUGGAACUUAUUGCGGAGAAGUUAACAUCUUUAGAGGAGCGGAGCUCCAGCGAGUCUGAAAGUCGCUCCUCCGUCAUGGACCUUUCCCGCCCUCCACCCGUCUCCCCUCCAGAGUUCAAACGUGCGCAGCUUUUUAAGUCACCUGCCGAGUUUGCCAAGAUCGACAACCACGUCUUCCAGAUAGCGCGGCGGCACUAUUCCACCUUCACAGAACUCGUCAAGGAUCUGAUUGUAAUUUGCGAAACAGACCUCGACAAAGCCAGGGCCAUCUUCCGGUGGGUGACGCUGGCGGACCUGAACGAGCUGGAGGUGGAGGAGAGCGUGUGUCCGGAGUCGCCGCUGGGGCUGCUGCGGGGGAUCAAGUACGGCACGGAGACCUACCACGACCUCUGUCGGCGACUUUGCAGCUACGCGGGGCUGCACUGUGAGGUCAUUCAAGGCUACUCCAAGGGUGCUGGCUACAAGCCGGGUAUGAAGCUGGAGGGUAGCAGGUUCCGCAACUCCUGGACGGCGGUGUGUAUCGACGGCUCGUGGUGCUUCCUCAACUGUAACUGGGGGGCCCGGCACGUGCGCUGCGCCAGCCAGGACGGCGGCGGCAGCCAUCUUGCGGGCCACGGUCACCACGGCCACGGGGGACGCCGGCGGCGCGGCAGCUGUGCGAAGGAGAACAUCGACUGCCGCUUGGGCGAAGGGCGGAGCGGGGUCAGAGGUCGCGGAGAUGGUCGCGAGGAGGUGGGGCGAAGCGACCCUUAUUCCCAAACCUCCACGCACGUAAUCGUGACUCCUACUGCGCAGCAGUCGUGUCUGGACAGCAAGUUCAUAGUCGACAACCACGGCGACGACCGCAGCCUGCUGCGCGGUGAGGGGCGCGAGAAGGACUCGCCGUUGCGGCAGCUGAUGCGCUACGCUAGCGGCGACAUCCUCACGGCCCGCAACGGCGACCGAAGCUCCUCGGCGUCAGCCCACAGCUCCGACCGCACCUCCACCGGCAGCACCACUACCACCAGCUCCUUCGGCAAAAGCGACGGCACGCAGAGUGAUUCCGGAGGCUCUCAUAGCGGCUCCGAGCCCUCCUACAAGACCGCCAACGGAGUGGACGGCGGUUCCGACACCACCAAUGGCUGCAGCAACGGCUCCAGCGGCGAUUCCAACGGAUCAGGGGGAUCGCAGGGAGAGGAGAGAGCGCACCAGUAUUACUACCAGUGUGACGAGUUCUACUUCAUCACUGACCCCGAGGAUCACAUCUUCCAGCACUACCCGGAUGAUCCGGCCUGGCAGUUACUGGAAUGCCCCAUCACGCUGUCCGAGUUCAUCAACCUGCCUGUUCUCAAGUCGCCUUUCUUCAACUUCGGCCUGAAGCUCGCCACGCACUACGACUGCAAGCAGGUCACGGAGGGGGGCGUCGUGAGCGUGACCCUCCGCAUCCCCCAUCUUCUCGGCUUUGGGUACACCCUGGAACCCAAAGACAAGCGCAUGAACCCCUACAUCCUGGAGGGACGAGUCAUGCUGCGCAUCGUGGGCCACAAGGCGAUCUUCACCAUCGCACCGCCCAAACGUGGCCGCUACUACUUCACCAUCUACUCCAAGGACGAUUGGCUAUCGGAGUCGCUUCAGAGCGCAUGCGCUUUCCACAUCCGGUGCAAGGAAGGUCGGGAAAGCCUGCGCAGCCCUUACCCCAAGGUCUCCUUCUUUGGCCCUACGCCCAGCAUGGCGUCCUACGGAUUGCUGCCGCAGACACACAUCGACCCCGUCGUCAACUACUCCCACGAAGACGUCAGCUUCCACUUCCAACUGCCACGUCACAUCCGCUUGUCGUAUGCGCUGCAGUUUCACGGUCAGGCGCCCGACGCCGUGGACGCCGACUUCCAGCGCUACGUCUUCCUGAGGCACAGGGACGAUAACUCCAUCUCCUUUCUGGUCCGCUGUCCACAUGUAGGCAAGUACGUGUUUGCACUGUACGGCAGCAAGGCUGACUCACCUGAAGACUCGGCCGCCUCCACCUGCAGCAGCAGCACCACCGGCGUCUCCCCGUACGACUGUCUCUUCAGGUAUCUGAUUGAGUGCAAGCAAAGCGCGACCAACAAAGCGCCCUACCCCAGGGCCUGUCACCGCUGGUACCAGAGCCACCUGCUGGAGCCGCUCGUUGGUGACCUCGAGGUCGACCAGCGCGUGACCUUCCGGGUCAGGACGCCGCUGGCCUCGGACGUGGCGCUGCUGAUGGGCGAUGCCUGGUUCCACUUCCGGCUGCUGCAGGAUCACAUCUGGGAGGCGGUGGUCCUGACCAGCAAGACGCCCUGUCCUGCCAAGCUGUACGCCCGCCUUAACAAGGACACCACGCGCUUCUCUCCCUUGUUGGAGUUCCAGGUUGUGCACAGCACGUGACACUAGAGAGGGCGUGGCUUUGAGUGCUUGGGGACGAUGUAAGGGUACUGUUCCAGAUGCUGUCUACCCCAUAAUAAUGUGGACGCGUGGCUGCAGGUGGUGUCUAGCACGUGACGCUGUCUCGCGAGGGUAGUGUGAGGAGGAGACUCUAGUGCUGGUGACUUUACGAGCGUGAGCUCGCGUCGGUUGCCUAGUGAUGAUGAUGAUGAUGAUGUGGAAGAUUAUUUUGUGUUCUGUAAAGUCAUAUCUAGUCCUGCUUGGCGUAUCUGUUCCAAGCCAUUUGAUUUACCUGUCUUGUUGACAACACUGUACCGAUCGAGUUCGAUAGAAUGAAACUUAAUUGUUAUUUUUAAACACGUAGAUACAGACACCAUCCCCGAAUCAAAUAAAAGAAUAAAAUGUUUGUGUCUUCCCCUUUCCCAAAAAAGAUGGCAUAUUGUGAGUGUUUAUGGCACGGCUCUCUCUAGUCAUAUCUCCAUGAACAGGGACUGACAGCUCUCAGAACAAUGUAGAAUGGUACAGAUGCAAUCUGGCAGCAGACUUUUCUACACUUGCUGCUCUCGAAAAUUUAUUUUUGUCCUCACACUAAACGCGCAGUGCCAGAAACAAUCCAGGAAAUUCAAAUAUUCUUGUCACAUCCGGUAUACCAAGAAAUACCCGUAAAUCGGGUGACUAAAUCAGUGGUCAUUGUCUUCUGUCUUAUGUCCGGAGCCAGGCUGCAUGAAGCUUCACGCCCCUAAGUCUCUACAUAAAUGUGACCGUAGAGUUGUGUUCAAUCUGAGAUUAAUAAGAAGUUUUAAGUACGAACAAUAAUGUCACCCAGCCGUGAAAAGACUGAAAAUAUUGUAUAAUACAUAUCACGGGCUCUGAUAAUAAACGGCCUGCACAGAUGAACAUCUGACCUCAGAUGUCAGCGAAGUAACCUGCAUACUGAUAGACCAUUAUUGGGUUUAUUGUGACAAGUGUCACCAGUCAAACAUUUUGCUGGUAUGUAAAACCUGCUUAACCAUCUAUUUGGACUUUAUAGAAUAUUGGAGAGAACGUAUGGGAGACUUCAAUGCAAUAAAGUGUAUUUUGAAGUCCCUUUUGUAUUGGAUAUGGAGAUGGGGUGGAGGCUCAGAGAAUCGUAGGAGGAGUUGAUGGGUAUCCCUGGCUUAAUGAAGUUAAUCAAUGACAUAUAAAAGGCUAGUGCAAGCAGCUGAUUACAGGUGUGGGAGGGAGGGGUCCCUUUUUUGUCAAAGCACCAUAAGCACAGAAAGAUCAGCAUCUGCUAACAGCCGACGCAUGUCUCGACAAACGGAAUGGGGAGGAGGGUAAUAGGUAAAUAACGAGAACAAUACGAAAGUGCGGUGGUUAUGGUAGUGGUGGGUCACGUGAUCUGGUGAGGUCAUAGUCUUCCAUGAGAAAAAGUCUAGCAGGUCUUUAUAAUCAGCCAAAAUGUUUGACUAGUGACUGGGCUGGAGUGGACAGAAGCUUGAUUUGCUACCUCUUGACGCCAACAUCACUGCCAUGAUGCGCGUGCAGGCGGCCUUCCCCGCGCUUAGGAGGACGCCAUCAAAGUGAAGUGCUUUUCCAGACAGCUUCAACACCGGGCAGCUCUCUCCCAAAUGAACUGUUUUCCUGGAAAUCUCGCGAGAUAAACUGCUUGUAUAACGGCAUAUAACUCAGAGUGCUGAUAAUCCAGCUGAUUCGGCCUUUUCUUCGGUCCACCAAGCAAUGUAACUGCACUUCCUUGUCUGAAGAGUCCCUGUAUAUUAUAUAUAUAUUGAAUGUUUCUUCAAUUGUUUAGAUUAAGACCCUUGUUUAUCAAAUAAUUACUGCGUUGUACAGCCCCCUGAGCAGAUUAUCUUUGUGCACUUUGCUGAUUUCCUAUAAGUAUGAAUAUGUCAACAACAGUGUGAUGUGCACCACGUUUUGUAGCCACCUUUCGUCAUUGAAUAGUGAUGCUGAAAUCAGUGUUAUUCCUGUAGAUGUGUGGCUUUGAUAAGUGUUGGGGGAUGGCCAAUCAAAAGGAAAUGAGCAUUGUUGAUAUUGUUGUGCCGCUGGCUGGAAAAGGGCGUGAGGCUUAAUAUUUUCGUGCGCACAAAGUUAAUUUUAUGUUAUUACCGAUAGCUGCAUGUUGGCUGUCACAGCUUACCUGGUUCCCUAGAAAAACUGGAUGUGUUCAGUCAGUCGUAAGUGUCAGUGUUGUACAGACAAGGCUGUUGUACCUUGUCUUCAUCAAACUGCAAGCUGGUUGGUGGACAUGUCUGUAAAACUGUAAGAGGCUACAAUCUGAACAGACACAGCUCUCUCUCUCUCUAGCUCUCUCACUCACACACACACAAUUGCAAUGUACAUGUAUUUGGAAAUAUUUAUAGGAAAUGUCUUAGCAUAUACAUACCAUUAAGCUCUUUGAGUCCUCCAAAUCAAAUGAUUUUUUUUAAAUAACGGAACAUUUCUUCGGGCAGCUCUUUAAAAUUGGAACCAAAAGCAGCAAGUAAUGUUUUCUUUCUAAUAAGGCUGGUCUCCACUCGGCUGCCUCCACGACUAUCACCCAUAAACUACGUGCUGUUUAUUGUCUGUUCACUCAAAUAAACUUAACAUUUCUACCACUUCCCACAAACUUUGUACUGAUUAUUGUCUGUUCAGCUGUUUGCUCAAUUAACAUUUCGUGCGCCUUUUUAACUUCUCGAUGGCUUAGGGUUUUCUUUUUUCUUUUCUUUUCUUUUUUCUUUCUUUCUUUUUUUUUUUUUUUUUUUUUUUUUUGUGUGGGGGGAGGUUGUUAUGUUUUGUUGUUUUUGUUUUUUGGAAAAGUACAUGCACUUGGUAAAAGCGUUUUGUUUCUUAGCAAGAAUCACAAUUAAGUAAAGAAUUAAGUUGUCUACGAGCAAGGUAGUCUUCAUAUGGUGAUGACGUGUAAAGACUAAACCUUGACAAUGACACGAAACACACCUGAAAUAAGGGACUUAGUUCUGUGUGUGGCAACUGUUCUAUUUUGAUCGAUCAACGACCCUUUUAAAUUAAGGCAAUUCCGUGAAAUCAUCGUACUUGGAAAAACCUGCACCAAUUAAAUGUAAACCAAUGCUGUCAGCGAUAGAAAACGCAACAAAAUUCAGGGGUGCAUAACAGGAAAAGGGACAUAAAUCAUAUUCAAAAUCAACCUCGUGAGGGGAGAGCGAGAGAAAGUAUUGGGGAGGUGGAUCUGCGAAUCAGUUGAUAUUGAUAUUCAUUACAUGUGCAUUGCCUAAUAUCUUAAUUUCCUCGUUUUAAAGUCAGAAUGACCGCUUAGUUUCUCGUGACACUGCAUGAUUCAGUUUGCAUGGGAAACAUCGAAAACAAAAUCCAAUUUGUAAAUAAACUUUGAAUAAAAAGAAGUCAUACAACUA